CUCAACCACCUCCAUUCGCAGAGAAAAUGAUCGUGGCGAUGGCCAAGCCGGUAUCAGUAACGAAGCCAAUCGUCCUCGUCACGCUCACCUCCAUCACCACCAUCCUCUUCCUCUUCCUCUCGCCGCCAAACCCGCCUGCUCCGGAACCAACCUCCAUGGCUCGAAGCUUCGUCCUCUGGCUCCACGGGUUGGGCGAUUCGGGCCCUGCCAACGAGCCCAUCAAGACCCUCUUCACUUCUCCGGAGUUCAGGCUCACCAAGUGGUCCUUCCCUUCCGCUCCUCCCAAUCUAGUCACUUGCAAUUAUGGUGCUGUCAUGCCUUCAUGGUUCGAUAUUCAUGAGAUCCCUAUAACAGCUGAUUCUCCAAAAGAUGAGAAUGGAGUGCUUCAAGCAGUAAAGAAUGUGCACGCAAUGAUUGACAAGGAGAUAGCUGCUGGCAUAAGUCCCAAUAAUGUGUUUGUCUGCGGCUUCAGUCAAGGAGGUGCUUUGACCUUGGCAAGUGUUCUCCUAUACCCUAAAACUCUCGGAGGUGGUGCAGUAUUCAGCGGAUGGGUUCCUUUCAAUUCAUCUUUUCUCGAUCAACUUUCACCAGAUGCCAAAAGAACACCUAUCUCGUGGGCUCAUGGAAUUGAUGACAGAACAGUAUUAUUUGAAGCUGGGCAAGCAGGUCCACCAUUCCUUGCAAAAGCUGGUGUCAGUUGCGAGUUUAAGGCUUAUCCUGGUCUUGGCCAUUCUAUAAACAAUGAGGAGCUCCAGAAUUUGGAGUCAUGGAUUAGAGCUCGCCUUCAGAGUUCUUCAUAGGAUUAUUGUCUGUUUUUCGCGACCCAGACAAAAGGUCCGAAAACUUCAUCGAGAAAACAAGAGCUAUGAAGAAUCUCCGAAAAGGCUCGGUGCAUCCAUCACCGUCGCUGCCGAUCGUCUUGUCCUGUUAUCUCUCCCUCCUUCCAGCCACCAUCCUUACCCUCACAGCGGCUCUGUCAAUGCAGGACAGAGAAGUCUUGGCCUAUCUCAUCUUUUGCUCCACCCCAACCUCCACCCUCAAGAACAACCUCAAAACCUCCCGCAGAAGCUCUUCUUCUGCCAAAAGUGGCACAGCUAAUGAUGAUCAUCCCUCUACCUUCAAUUGUGACUGCUUCAGAUGCUAUAUGAGUUACUGGGCGAGGUGGGACUCAUCUCCAAAUCAUCAGUUGAUCCAUGAAAUAAUCGACGCUUAUGAAGAUGUGCUGACAUCAGGGAAAAAACCAAGAAAUUCAGGAACAAAGAAGGAGAAAAGGAAUAAGAGAAGACUCAACACCAGGUCUGGUGAGUCAAAGCAGUCAAACUCGGGGAAUGCUGAGCUGGGUCAGUCAGAGUCUAUGAGAGAAAUGAAAACCACCAGUAAUGGCCGCGGCAGUGCAGAGGAAGUGGCAGAGAAAGGACCGCUGAGGAGGUUUUUAAGUUUCAUUGCAGAGAAGAUAUGGGGGGUCGGAAAUUGGUGAGUGCUGUUUUUCCCAUUGAGUUUGAAGGGUAAAGCAGGGGGAGAGAGAAACAGUUCUGUAGAUAGUUGCCUUACAAUAAUCAAGAAUGUGAAAGUGGCAGCUUCUCAGAAUCAUAAUAAAAGUUAUUCAGCUGAACUUGCUCUUCUCUCUUAGCUUUCUCUGAAAACAUGCCAAGAUAAGUAGAAGUCAUAUAGAAUCUGUGGCUUUCUGUUUUUGCUGGAUUAGCUAUUACUCUUAGGUUGGUCGCUUUGCUCUAGGGAUGAAGCUGCUGAGAUUUCCUUCGAGUAAAAUUGACAUUCAAUUUUCGGUUGAGGCACUUAAGUGACAAUACUAAAGGGUCAAUGAUCAGCUCCUCCCCAUGAAGUGGGAGCUUGCUAUUAUUAGCAUUGGCUUAUCCCCGGCGAAAUGGGUGUAAGCAUGCUGAUAGAUCAAUUGUAGAGGGAGACUCGGUUGAGAAAUUUUUCUUUUGAAUGGUAAUUGGGGAAGUUCUGAUUCAUGCAAUUGGCUAUCUGAAACUUGGUUUUGACUUUACAUCGAAAGCAAUGAAGACAAUAUAAGUUGAGUCUGAAUAUUGUCAAUUCGCUGUCUCUCUUUUGUUCCUUCCUCUCUGCAUUAUUCUUUCAUAUGGACUUGUGACUCUGUUGCAGCGAAUGCAAUUUGGUGUUGGAUAGGUGAUAACUGGAUGCAAAUUUGUAUGGAAUUAGUUAGUACAUUACAAUCGUUGUUGGGAUUUUUUACAGUUGUGAAGGUUGGCAAAAGGAAGGCUUCGAUCCAUGCAACAAAAGAGAA